AAAAAUCAUUUGUUCUCAGCUCUGAACCCCACUCAAAACUUUGUGGCUCUUCUAAGUGAAUAUAGGUUCUCUAUUUUUGGCAUAUUGGUGCUCAAUAGCCAGCAAAUCGACUCUGUGGUGGAAAAUGCCUCCUUCCAGAAGAUGAGAGACAAGAUGUCCAGUUACAAAAUACUACCAGAUUCCUUCAUGGUUCACCAGAAAGGGUAGAUCCUGAGGAAAGGGAUCUCUGGGGACUGGAAGAAUUACUUAACGGUGGCACAAAGCCAACGAUUUGACCGUGUAUAUCAGAAGAACAUUCAUGGUUUCAGCCUGACCUUCCCAUGGGAAUGAAGAACACUGGAUUGCUUCCCAUGUGGUGUAGUGGGUAUGGUGUUGGACUAGCAUCUGGGAGACCUAGUUCCGAAUCCCCGCUCUGUCACAGAAGCUCACUGUCACAAACUCUUGGCCCAACUUUCCUCUCAGAGUGGUUGUUGUGAGGAUCAAAUGAAGGAUCUGAGAGGAUAUUGUAAACCACUUGGGGAGAAAAGCAGGGUAAAUAAAGGUUGCUCCAUAUCACAACAUAUCUUAUCUGAAGCUAGUUCCAUGAAAACAGGGCCUAUUAUUGAAGGCCUACCUACAUCACACAUUGACUGUUCUGGGUACAGAACAUUCAGUAUUUUUUAAAACUCACUAGUCAUGUGAGGGAGAUUUAGAUUGGGGCCACGUUGUGAGGGCUUUUAAAAGCUGCUUUCCUAAUCAAAAUAUUGAUACACUUGCAUUUUUACAUUGAUACAACAGGAUUUGAGUCCAGUGGCACGUUAGAGAUUAACCAGCUUUUCAGGGUAUAACUUCCAAGAGUCAAAGGUCCCUUCUUCAGACACCUGAAACAGUGGUGCAAAUAGCUUUCCCCGCAGGCUGUUUAUAAUGGGAAAAAUAGCCCCUCCCCAUCAUACCAUGGUCCUGAUCUGGUCAGGCCCCCAUGAGUAUCAUGAGUUAAAUAAAGUGCUAGGAGGCUCCAUAUAUGAAAUCAACAACUUCUUGUGCAGUUAGGCCAUGUAGAAUUCUUCAGAGCAGAGAAGAUGGCUGAGCGGCAGUGGCAGAAUUCAUCCAGGGAGGGGCCAGUAUGAAGAUGUCUUUCUGCUUCUUGAUGCUUUUGCUGGGUUCAGCCUUGGCUUCCCCAGUGCCAGAAACAAAGGAAAUCAACGCACAUGAAUUGUUUCCCUAUGGGAUAGCUGAAGGAGACAUGGAGAACCCCAAGGAAGAUGAUGGGAUAUCUCCAAAGAUUCACAUUUCAAAACCCUUCACAUUUUAUGGCAAAUCGUACCACGAUCUUUAUGUGAACAACAAUGGUGUAAUUUCUAUGGCUGUGCCUGUCCCCGAAUACACCCCCGAAGCUAUCCCCAUAACGAAUGGAAAAUGCUUUGUCGCCCCCUUCUGGGGGGAUGUCAAUAUUCAAUUGGGUGGUAAUGUUUUCUAUCGGGAGGUAAACAACCACCCAGAAAUACUGGAAAAUAUCACCAAAUCCAUCAAUAAAUACUUCCCUGAUAUCCCUUUCAGUGCUACCUGGGCCUUUAUAGCCACCUGGGAUCAUGUGGCCUUUUUUGGAUCUCUCUCCAAAAAGACCAACACUUUCCAGGCUAUCUUGACAUCUGAUCACCAAACAUCCUUUACAAUGUUCAUUUAUAAAGACAUCCAAUGGACAACGGGUGCAGCAAGCGGUGGAAACCGCAGAACUGGACUAGGGGGAAUCCCAGCGCAAGCUGGCUUUAACAGUGGGGAUGACAAAAAUUACUUCAGCAUCCCUGGCUCCCGCACAUCUCAUAUUGUCAACAUUACGCAAACUAGCAAUGUCAAUGUCUCAGGACACUGGGUGUUUCAAGUGGAUGAAUUCAAAGUGACUGGAAUCUCCGAAGAGCUACUUAACUCUGUAAAAGAAGAAGAACCAGCAAAGAGCAAUGAAGAACAGGGACAACAAGACAAUCAGGCUGAGCUACCUGAAGGAGAAGGUUCACAGGUCAGCCAAGGCAGUGAAGCCACCCCUGCAGCUGAAGGACAGCAAGAAGAACAAGAAACAGAACCGGUUCCUUCAGAGAAUGUACCUGAGGAGGAAGAACCACAGGUUAGCCAAAAUGAUGAAUUCAAGCCUGAGGUAGAAGGACAACAGGAGCAGGAAGAAACGGAACCCAUUCCUUCAGAGAACGUACCUGAGGAGGAAGAACCACAGGUUAGCCAAAAUGAUGAAUUGAAGCCUGAGGUAGAAGGACAACAGGAGCAGGAAGAAACGGAACCCGUUCCUUCAGAGAAUGUACCUGAGGAUGAAGAACCACAGGUUAGCCAAAAUGAUGAAUUCAAGCCUGAGGAAGAAGGACAACAGGAGCAGGAAGAAACGGAACCCGUUCCUUCAGAGAAUCUAGAGAAGGAAGAAGAAUCACAGGUCAGUCAAGGCCAUGAAGAACCUGAAGAAGGACCACAGGAGGAGGAAGGAAAUGGAAAUGAACUACCUGAGAUUCCACAAAAACCAACACCAGUAAUUGAUGAUUAUGAUGAGAGUGAAGACUGUGAGGAGUGAUAUUGCCACCCCGAGUUUGCAAGAUUAUCUCAGGAAUGGAUCCAUCAGAACAGAGCUAUCCAGGAUGUGGAAAGAGCCUUCUGUUGACACAAUCCAAAUGCAGUACAUUAAUAAAAGAGAACUUCAACAAUAA